GGAAUAUAUAUACAGAAAAUUGAGUUUUGUUGGGGGGAGGAAACUCUCUGUUGCUCUUAUGUGCAGAGACUGAAUUGCUGCUCCGCCGCUCUCACUUUGUACAAAAGAGCAGCAAAUAAGAGCAGCGUGCGACAUAAGCGCCAUCCUGACAGGAAUCUCUUGCAGCCCAAGCGCCUCCCUCCCAUUGGCUCAAUCAGUUGCAAUGGACCGACGCGGCGCUCCGGUAUAAUAACUCUCAGGCUGCUGCUGCUGCUACUGGCACUAGCGGAGGCGGCCACACAUGUGCCUGACGUCCCUCGCAUCACUUUCCAUGGAGUGCUACUACAUUGUCAUCAGCUCUUCCCACCUCAGCAACGGCCACUUCAGGAACAUCAAGGGAGUGUUCAGGGGGCCGCUCACUCACUCCACAACUCUGGACUGUGCAGAAAAGGAAACUACGAGAUCAAAAACACUCAAGGAUCUUAAAGCCAACUUCUAUUGUGACCUUUGUGACAAGCAAUACCACAAGCAUCAGGAAUUUGACAACCACAUCAAUUCAUAUGAUCAUGCACACAAGCAGAGGCUCAAGGAGCUAAAACAGAGGGAAUUUGCCCGAAAUGUGGCAUCCAAAUUGCGGAAACAUGAGAGAAAACAGAAAAAGUAUCUGCACCAGCUACACAGUGCGGCGCAUCUCAAGAGAGAAGCAACUUGUGCCCCAGGAAGUGGCCCCAUGUUCAAGUCAACAACUGUUAGCAUCCAAAACCACAUACAUGGAGAUAUUCAAGAUGACCUUGUCCAGUCUGAAGGUCAUUGUUUUAAAAGCAUCCAUGAAAAAACAAGUGUAAUGCCUAUGAUUUUGGCAGAAAAUUCCAAGCAACACUUUGAUCGCCAGACUAAAAAAGGGCACAAAUUUAGUUUCUCUUUUGCUUUUCCUAAAAAGGCACAAAUAAAACUGGAAUCAUCUGCUGCUGUUUUUUAUGAAUUCAAUGAUGACAUUUCUGCUGAACGUCGUUUAAAAAGGAGAAGCAGAUUUGUCCCUGAGUCUUUCACUGCUCUGUCGGCUUUGCCAGCUGAUGUACUCCAAUGCCCAAGCAAUACUCAACAAUCCAUAGCCGUUUCUCUAAAUCAUUCUUUGGACAACAAGCAUGAAAUUGAACCCACACUUUCUAAACUGCAGUCUGCACUGGCAGCAGAAGUGUUUCUCUUCCCAAGCAGUGACCAACAUGCAACAACGGGUUUAUCAAAACAAACCUCAAACAAAGUGUGUUGCUUGCAGGACCAGAACCUGAAACAGAUGCUUACGUCAGUAGUAAAUGUAUUCCCAGACCCAGAUAUUUGCCAUAUAAAAGUGCCUCAAUAUAGUGGAGUCUCCGGGGCUGCAGCAACAAUGACUUGUUCUAAACUAACAACAUGUAUGCAAGAAGUUGUUAAGGAUACGUUUGCUGUGAUAGACAUCAAAUCUAGGACAACUGACUCAGAGGUCACCAUUCAAGAAACUCAUUAUGAUGAGUCUGCUGUUCCAAACAAAGCACAACAAAAUGAAAACACUGCAGUAAAUCAAUCUGAAAACAGGCAUCAAGAAAACAAAAAUGUGUCACAUUUUGUUUCCCCGUCAAGUGAUAACAUGACUAAUUCAAAUGAACAAAGAAAGGAUGGCUCAUUUAAAAGACCAAGCCAUGCUUUUUUUCCUGUGCAAAGUAAAGAUGGUUCGACGGUUCUUCAAUGGCCUUCUGAAAUGUUAAUGCACACAUGCACAGAACCCUCCAUCUCUUACAGCUGCAACCCACUCUACUUUGAUUUCAGAGCGUCAAAAUACAAGGUAGAACAGAAGAACAUUAAGAAUGUACAAAGAACUCACCCAUGUAAUCUGCUGUGUCCAACUUGGAAAAAAAUUACCAAUAAAAGUUUCAAUACCAAAUUUAAUAGAAAUUCCAUUUCACGUGAACCAGAAGGGAAUAUGAAAAGAUAUAAAGUCAUUUGUUUUGUCAAUGGAAAUAAAAAACAUAUUUCCAGCAGUUACCUAGACAAAAUAUAUCAUCUGGAUACGAAGUGCAACAGAAACAAGACAGAAAAAUGCAAAAAACACGAUCAUAAGUGCAAAAUGAGGCAAUAUAGGUGCAAACAUGAUUCCCAAGAGAAAUCAGGCAGGUCAUUGAAAUGUAAAUAUAGGCACAGGUGGUCUAUGAACAAUCAUGGAGUCAAUAUUUGUAAUAGUUUGAGUACUCGAUAUGUAGAUUUGAAAGGGUCUCCUGGUUCAAUAGAUGAUCGAAUACCUUUUAGGCAUAUGCCAGAAACUGAGGGUACCACCACUGACAGAUCACCAGCAUUACAGAUGAAGCCACAAUGUAGACUUCUUAACAGAAAAGCAGAAUUUGAAAACCUCUCACAAAACAAUAUGGCAUCUCUACGCUACCAGUUGGGGAUGGCACCAAUAAAACAUGGUUGUGAAAAUGUGAUAUAUUCAUGUAAAAUUUCUAACCUAAAAACAAAUAAAGCAAGCUCAAGUCAUCAAAAAGCUGAUACCCAACGUAGAUUGACUUUAAAAAGAAAACACAGCUCUUUUAUAGAUGAACCCAAAAUACAAUGUAAAAAGCACAGACUGUGGAAACCCUUCUCUUUAUCCAUUCAACAAAUCACUUUCUCUGAGCAAAAUUACUUUGUAUUAUGGAAGGCUAUACAUAGAAAACUGGUGGGCAAGAUCAAAGGAGAUAUCAGUGCUAAUGGAACCCUAUGCAGAUCUUUUGAGCAUAAGUUUCCAAAAUACACAAAUGGAAAAUUAGAGACUUACCACAAGUGGCAAAAAAUGUCAUUCAAGUCAGCAAAGUGCCUCAACAACAUAAAUAAAAGCAAAGAAAAUACGGCAGCCCAACUAUGGGAUGGUCUCCCGGCGAUCAGUGACAAUAAAGCUCAAUGCUUAUUGGCUGUUCACAUUGCUGAUCUUGUCACAAAACAUGAAAUCACUUCAAAACAAAGAAUAUCUGAGGCUCCAAAUGACCCCUGUGCAAAACAAGGUAAUUCCCACGGCAGCAAUACUGCACAAGAGCAACAGUCACUGUCACCAAACAGAAGAACAGGGAAGGAGCCCGGUUCAAGCAGGAGCUGUAUGAAAUGUGCUGCACUAGAGUUCACAAAGCAGGCAUACCAUUCUAAGAAAAUACCCAAUGACUAUCAGUCAUAUCACACAGGGCAGUUCCGACCCCAUGUCAGCUUACCCCAUGCCAAAAGCUUCCCUUUACAUCCUUAUACUAAAAAACAUUAUCCAUGUGCAGGAUACAGACAUAAACUGCAGCCCUGUGUUUUUCCAGGUAAACUCAAAAUUGUAUUUCCUUCGACAGCCGCUCAGUCUUGUUCAUCGUUAUAUCCUGUUUUGUAUGAACAGCCAUUUUGCUCUACCACAUCAACCAUGGUACAACGCACUUUCACACACCAUCACGUUACUGUCCUUUCUGCAGCUUGUUUUGCAGCCGCUUCCACUGACAACAGAGCCAGUGUGGAUUUUCCACAUCAAUUUCUCUCUCAGGCCUAUUCAAGAGUUCCGUUAUACCAAGUUACAGGACAGGCUAGACUAUGUCCUGUGGACCAUGUUUUCUCUUUACCACAAGCACCGGUUGUGCCCACACCAAUCCACCACUGUUUGCCUUUGCCCUUUCCUCCUAUUUCUCACACUACUGUGUUGCCUCCUCUUCAUAUACCACAACCCUCUCUUAUUCCUCUGCAGUCUAUUUUUUAAUUGUCAGUUGUUUGAUCCUGUGAAACAUUUGAAAAUGUAAUUUUGUUGCAGCUACAGACAAAUGUUAAUUGCUCCCAUCCCUUAGGCUGUUUUUAGAAUCAUGUACUAAAUGACAUCAGCACUGCAUAUAUAUAUAUAUAUAAUACACAAAAGCCAUGAAUAUCUUGUAAAUUAUAUCCUUA